AUGACGACACAAAAGACGACGACAUCGGAGGAGGACAACAACAACAACAAUACUAACUACAACGAGCGCUAUUCGUUAGUGGUGCUGAAAAAAAAACGAUUCGUCAAACGAUUCCGCGCGUUAUCUCCGCUCUCGCAAUGCGUCUCUUUGCUCCUUCUCUCGUGUUACGUGCUCGAUACGUGCUCGGACAGGUUUAACGCGCAAUUCGGGUUACAACUGAGCAUAACCGGUAUACUCUCGAAACCGUGGACGUUGAUCACCUCCCAGUUCAUGUGUCCGUCCGUUAUUGUGUUGUUGCCGAUGAUUGGGGCGAUCGCGUUCGCGAUUGAAAUUCUGUUGAAACGAGCGUUCGUUGGUGCGAGAGUGGUGUGCGAGUUGGUAUUCGUCGCGUCCGCGGUGUGCGGCGCGCUUUAUUUCUCGUUCGAUUUCACGCGUCGCGCACUUUUCGCGGAAGAACUCACGGAAGAACCACUCGCGCUCGGGCCGCACGGAGUGCUCGGCGGUUUGUUCGUGCUCUGUCAGAAGUUGAAGAACGAGCUGAGCGACGAGGAGAAACUCAGGCGACUGGCGAGGUACGCGCCGACGUGGUAUCUGGUAGUCGCGGUGUUUCUAGGCGGGGAGAUGAAUCGAGAGGAGAGGGUGUUUGGAUGCGCUUUGUUCGGAGUCGUAGGAGGCAACGUCUAUUUUCGAUGGAGAGGACGGGAGAUGUUGGGGAUGAAUUAUCACAAAAACGCGAAGAGCGGGGCGGAGGAGAGCGAGAGCGAAGAAGUCGUCGACGAAGAGUUAAAAAAGAAGAAAUUGCGAGAAGAGUUAGGGAAGAAAGCGCUGAUGGAGCGGAUGAAACAGAAAGAAGCAGAGAAGGAGAAGACGAGUAGUAAGUAG